AUGGUUGCACCAUCAUGUUGCACAGUCGCCCUUCGGCGGAUAUCGCGGGCAGCAGUUGAGGGGAGUUGGGGACUCACGGCGCAAAAGAAAUCCACAGGGGGAUCGUGCUUUUCUCGUUUUACGACGCCGCUAUCGGGCGGCCUCGUUGGCGGAGCGAGGCACUUCAGCAGUGUCAAAUUUAUGGAUCAGAAACGGUCGGGAGAGGAGACGGUUUACUUCAAGAAAGAAGAUGAAGCUUUGCUCCGCAACUUGCUGGCCAACCAUCCAGAAUACGACCCGAAGUAUUCAAUGGAUCAAAUGUCUGAGCUGGGCGCCAUCGCUCGAGACAUUACUCUAGCGUGUCAGAAGCACGGCAUGAAGGAUCCGUCGGCCGCCUUCAUGAAGGACCUGAUCUCGAUUUUCAGCGCACACGGCUAUGUGAAACAGUCUGAGUAG